AUGGAAAUAUCAACUGCAGCCCAUAAUCUCACGGGGACUAACUCUGCUGACCAAGAGAGUCCAGGACUCGACCAAGACCUUCCUUCCUUGUCUCUAGAAGAGACAAUUGAAAAAAUUUUAGGAGGUUUUGGGUGGUCUCAAUUCAUUCAAGCCAUCCUUGUAGCAAUCCUAGGGUUUUUUGAUGCACAACAAACAUUUAUCAAUAUCUUUGCUGAUGCUGACCCAAAAUGGCAUUGCAACUUCAACACAACAUGCAACCCAAGCUCCAAUAUUUGCCAACUCCCAAAAGGUGCUUGGUCUUGGGAUGAAUCUUCUCACAAGACAAUCAUAUCGGAAUGGGGUCUUGAAUGUGCUAGUUCAUUCAUCACAGGCCUUCCUGCUUCAUCCUUCUUUGUAGGCAACUUAAUUGGGGGAUUCAGUCUUGCUACACUUGGUGAUUUCUAUUUUGGUAGGAAGAUCUUGCUUUUCCUCUCAUGCCUAAUAAUGUGUUUUGCCUCGCUUAUCACAGCAUUCUCGAUGAACAUUUGGAUGUACUCGAGCUUGAGACUUUUAAGCGGGUUUGGUCGUGCAUCAAUUACUACAUGCACUUUGAUUUUGUUAAGUGAGAGGGUUGGAAAAAAAUGGCGUGGCCAAAUAGGGACAAUGACAUUUAUCAUGUUUUCGCUCGGGUUACUAUGCUUACCAGCUGUGGCCUAUUUGAACAAAGGUUCAUCAUGGAAAUUUCUCUAUCUCUGGACUUCCAUUCCAGCAAUCUUAUAUUGCAUCAUUGCUUAUUUUUUUGUGUAUGAGUCUCCUAGAUGGCUUUUCACGGAAGGGCGUGACAUAGAAGCCAAAGCAAUAUUGAGAAAACUUGCAUCUAUAGAAGGCAAUAGUUUAGACUCAUACCUAUCUAGCAUUCAUCAUGGGCAAGAAAUAUCAAAACUUAAUCCUUACAAAUUGAUGAAGGACUUAUUUAAGAGAAGAUGGGCUUUGCAACGGAUAAUAGCAACUAUGGUAUUUGGUUUUGGCAUUGGAUUGGUAUACUUUGGCUUGUUAUUCGGUGUAAGAAAUUUGGGUUUCAACAUUUAUUUGGGUGUCAUAUUAAAUGCCUCAAUGUUAAUACCUACAAAUUUAGUAACCCUUUUCUUUAUAGCAAGAUGGAAAAGGAAAGGUUCAUUGUUUGCCUUAUGUAUAAUAAGUGGCAUAUGCAGCAUAAUUUGUGGUGUAGUAGGCAGUCGUACAGAAGGCAUACUGAUUGGGUUUGAACUAGCAUCUUUCUUCUGCGCUGCCUUGGCAUAUAAUGUGAUGAUGAUAUUCGUAGUUGAGUUAUUUCCAACAAGUGUGAGGAACUCGGCCACAACAUUAGUUAGGCAAGCAGUUGUGUUUGGUUCUGUGUUUGAUCCGAUAUUGACUUCAGCAGGGACGAGAAAUAAAUUCCUAUCUUUCGGAACUUUUGGACUGACAAUAUUUUUGUGUAGUUUCAUUGUGAUCAUUUUGCCAGAGACAAGGGGUAAAAAUCUUUGUAACACCAUGGAUGAACAAGAGCGCAUGGAUCAUAAAAUUGUGUGA